CAAGCAGAUUGAUAGGCUCAAUUAGCUUGACAGAGUUACUGUUCAAAACAUUCUUAUCUAAUAUUUUUUUAACUGUAAUUCAAUAUAAGCUUCGUCCACGCAACAAUUUAGAAUGUAUACCCUCUUCAGCGUAAUCGUCCUCUCAAUUUUGGGUACCAGUUGGGCCUCGCCAACUCGCAUAGAAAAAAUGACUGUUUCAAAAAUGAGAAUGGCGGAUCUUGAGAAUUCGGCCUCUGGCUAUUCGUACAAUCAACAACACGGUCUCCCAGCCUCCUACAUUCAAUAUACCAAUCACGGAAGCAACCUCUACUACGACGCGCCAAAACCCCUUCAAUACGACUCCACACAUCAGGUUCCUCUUCAGGCUCAUUUUUCCCCACCACUGCAUUCUUUUCACGCACCCAGAGUGGUAUACUCGGAUCUGGGAACAGGCCUUCCCUACGCACCACGGGAGCCACACCUUCAGCCCGUUGACGUCCCAGAGUACUUACUCGUGAAGCCCCAGGCUAAGGCCGUCGCACCCUACUAUACUGACAAAAAAGUUGGAGAGAAUAAUAAUUUUGAGGUCUACGAGAACUAUAAUAAUAAUAAUUCUGAAGAAGACCUUGGAGAUGAUAAUGAUGAUGAUGAUGAUCUUGAUGAUAAUGAUAAUGAUGAGGGAGAGGAAUUGCAUCAAGAUCAUAAAGACCACGUUAUUGAAGAACCCCACGGUGGAGUUAAUGCAUACGGCCAGUCAGGAGCGCUGAUAAGAGACUAUAUUCCGGUUAGUUUGGGACAUUAUGGUGACAGUCAUGAGGAAUACGAGCGUGAAAACGGAAAGGAUUAUAAAGCUGAAAAACAUAAUGAAUAUGGAGAGGAAGGAGAAAGGGGCUAUAAGGGUUAUCGUCAGUUUGACCACGGAGAAAAAGGAGGGCGCAGCACUGAUUAUCAGACAGGUCACUUCGAUGAGGAAGGAGGCCAUGAGAAUGCGCACAGCCAAACAGACGCGCACUAUGGGCAGCACGAUGAAGGUGAGAAAGGGGAAAAGGGAUCGAGUUACGGUCAGGCAUCGUACCACAAAAAGGGUCAUAAAACCACUGGAUUUCAUAACGUGUACCGCAAGGACGAGUACAAGAAGGACACCGACUUUUACGACGAGGACCACAACAGUGGCCAAUUUGAUAAGCAUGCAACUGGUGACGAACACCAUGACGCAGCUCAUGGUACCUACGAAAAAGGCGAUCAUCAUGAAUCUGGUUAUGGGCAUAGUGACCGGGUGAAGGCGGGACUAAUCGACCGGGGCCACAACUACAGGGACCAUCAAGGUCAUAAGGCUGAACAAGGUGGGGAUUCCUACCAUGACGUACAUUCCGAUUAUGGCAACCGGGGCGGUGCAAGUUUUACCAAGGAACAUGGAUAUGGACACGGCCAUGGUUAUGUUUAA